AUGACAGUCAACACUGCUACCAAAGUCAACCAUACACCUACAUUAGGUAAGAUAGGUUCUAUAAUGUUGAUUGGAGCUGGAACAACAGUAUUAUCCAGCAAAACAGUGCAGCAUAAGAUGGAAGAAUUAGCUUCUAUCCUCCCAUCAAUGUUAAAAUACUGUUUACCUUUAUUGUUAUUACCUUUGUUAUUAUAUACUAGAUUAUCUAUACCGAUCCGAUUCGCUUACAAUUGCUUCAUCAAACCGUUCCUUCCUAAUACCGACUCCAAGGGUACUCUGAAUGACAAAAGUCAAGAUCCACAUAAAGCCAAAUUAGAUCAUUUCUAUUCUGGUCAAGCCGAUUUAUACGAUUCUACGAGAAAUACAUUAUUAAAAGGUAGAGAAAAUAUGUUACAACUUCUUGCAGCUCAUUUGAAAGCUCAGCCUGAACCUCUACAAAGAGGCAACACAGGAAAUACAACGAAACAGAAAAAGAUUUGGGUUGAUCUGGGCGGUGGAACAGGUUGGAAUAUUGAGAAAAUGGACGAAUACCUCCCUUUAACAUAUUUCGAUUCGAUAUACCUGAUUGAUUUAUGUGAACCUUUAUUGGAAAUAGCAAGAGCGAGAAUCAGAAGUAGAGGAUGGAAAAACGUUCAUGUUUUAUGUCAAGAUGCUAGUAAUUUUAUUUUACCAGAAUGGGAAAAUGGUGAAAUGGAUCCUAGAGGUAGUAUAAGAGCUAUUACCAUGAGUUAUUCACUUUCCAUGAUUCCGCCGUUUUAUCGACUUUUAGAUAGAUGUGAUCAAGUACUUGAUCCACAAAGAGGUUUAAUGGGAGUAGUGGAUUUCUAUACUUCAAGAGAUAGCGGUAACAAAGAAAGAGCAAUUGGAACGGCAAGUAAAAGGGUAUCAUGGAUGGCUAAAUGGUUUUGGGAAUGUUGGUUCUCAUUUGAUGGAGUGAAUCUUCAUGCAUCAAGAAGAGAUUACCUCGAAUAUAAAAUGGGUACUAUCAAAACAUAUAAUGCUCGUAACAAUUUCUUGAAUUCAUGGUUCAUCCAAAUUCCAUACUAUGUUUUUGUGGGAUGUUCAAGAGGUAGAGAUGCUUCUUUGACUCUUCAAUCAUUUAAAGAAGACGCAGGUAAUCAGAAAGGACUGAACAACGCAGGAUUAUUAACUCCUAUAUCACCGUUUGGAAAUCCACCGUUCCCUUCUCCUGAUACUUUCAGUAUGCCAAAUCUGGAUUUAGGUCCUAGUGCAGUCAAACCUUAUUUGGAACUUAGAGAAAAUGACCAAGUCGUUAUGGAGCAGACUUUGGUCGAUGCCGGUGCGCCAUUAAGUCCAUUUCAUUAUCACUUGAAAAAGGCUUGGCGAGUACCAUAUCUUGAAGAAAAGGUACAUGAACAGUUCAGAACACAUAUUUACGGCUGGACAUGGGAAGAUCCAGCUAUCGAUGUGAAGAAGCUUGAGAUUAACAAGGACGAUCAUAUUCUAGCUAUUACCAGUGCGGGUGACAAUGUCCUACAUUACGCUCUGGCCGCUAGUCCAGCCAGGAUUCAUGCUGUUGACAUGAAUCCUUGUCAAGGUCAUAUACUCGAACUAAAGUUAGCAGCAAUCAAAGCUUUGGAUUACAACGACUUUUGGUUGUUAUUCGGAGAAGGUAGACAUCCAAAUUUCAAGAAACUGUUGACCACUAAAUUAUCACCUUACUUAUCUCCCCACGCAUACGCAUACUGGCUUUCACAUCACACACAAUUUUCAAGGAAUUUCUAUUUUCGUGGAUAUUCAGGAUGGGCAUUGAGAUUAGCUCAAAUUGCUUUCUUCUUAUCUGGAGUAAGAGGAGAUGUCAAGAAGAUAUGCAAAGCCACUACUAUAUCUGAACAAGAUCAAAUUUGGAAAAAGAAAAUUAGACCUGUUUUCUUAGGUAAAUGGAUGGUCAAGUUGUUCUUGGGCAAUCCAUUGUUCAAUUGGCACGCUUUGGGUGUACCGAUGAAUCAAAUGAAUUGUUUCUUGAAGGAUGGUUCUGUAGAAGAUUACAUUACAGCUACUCUGGAUCCCAUCCCGAAAUUGACCACAUUGAAGGAUGACAAUUAUUUCUUCUUACUUUGUUUAAACGGUCGUUAUACUCGAUCAUCAUGUCCUGCUUUCCUAAAACCUGAAGGUUUUAGAGCAUUGAAGAAUGGUCAAGCUACUGAUGGUAUAAAAUCUCAUACUGAUACUAUAUUGAAUGUUUUACGUGGACUACCAAAUGCUAGUCUAACUAAAAUCAUAGUCAUGGAUUCGAUGGACUGGUUUGAUCCUAUCCCACCUUCAACACCAUUACCACCUUCAUCGUCAAUUCCACCAGACACACUUGAUCCUACACCUGAAGCGUCUUUAGAACAUCUUCGUUCUGAAUUAGAUUAUGAGAUACUAGAAAUGAUCAGAGUACUUAAAAUUGGUGGAAUUGCAGUAUGGAGAAGCGCUGCUAAAUAUCCUUGGUAUAUUCAACGUUUCAAAUUUGCUGGAUUCAACGUACAACCUAUCGAUAUUAGAGAGAAUGGCAAUGCCAUCGAUAGAGUUAAUAUGUAUGCUUCUUUCUGGAAAGCUGAAAAAGUAGCUUAG